UUCGACCGGCGUCACUUUAGAACGCGCAUUUUUUUGCAGAUUUUUCAUUUUGUGAAAAGUCUCCUGGCGACAACACACAGGCUUAAAAAAACCAAUUUCACUGUGUUCAUAAAGUGUAGAUCUUAUUUAUUCUAGUAUUAUAAUAAAAAGAAAAUGGGCAAAAAGAUCGACAACCCUGAGAGCUCGGCAAAGGCUUCCGAUGCCGAGGAGGAGGAGGAGGAGUACGCCGUGGAGAAGAUCAUCGACAGGCGUGUGCGCAAGGGAAAGGUGGAGUACUAUCUGAAAUGGAAGGGCUAUCCCGAAACUGAGAACACGUGGGAGCCGGAGAACAAUCUCGACUGCCAGGAUCUUAUCCAGCAGUACGAGGCAAGCCGCAAGGACGAGGAGAAGUCAGCGGCCUCAAAGAAGGAUCGACCCAGCAGCAGCGCCAAGACCAAGGAAACUCCAGGACGCGCCAGCACUUCGGCGUCCACAGCAAGCAAGCGAAAGUCCGAAGAACCAACAGCGCCCGCUGCCAAUAAAUCAAAACGUACCACAGAUGCGGAACAGGACACUAUUCCCGUUUCAGGAUCUACCGGAUUCGAUCGCGGCCUGGAAGCCGAAAAGAUCUUGGGUGCCUCCGACAAUAAUGGCCGCCUGACAUUCCUCAUUCAGUUCAAAGGCGUGGACCAAGCAGAAAUGGUGCCCUCCUCUGUGGCCAAUGAAAAAAUCCCACGAAUGGUAAUCCACUUCUACGAAGAGCGCCUAUCCUGGUACUCUGAUAAUGAGGAUUAAACAGUUGGAGCAUCGAAAGAGCGAAUAAGAAAGCUUAUACAUUUAACGAAAAAUUACCUACUUAGAAUUAUAGCUCCUUGCAGGCGCUUUCAAAACCACCCAACUAUUCUGGAAGCAUCGGACUUAUUUCCAUUAAUGCCCAUCGUCAGUGUGUGUAUUUAUAAUAAUUAUUUUCAAUAAAUAAACAAAACCCUUGUUCUGCCGGAGCCUA